GGGUAGAGAAUCUGAAGAUGGCUACUAGACGGUAUGCCAGAAAACAGAAUAAAUGGGUGCGUAAUCGCUUCCUCAAGAGACCAGGGGACAACGUCCCAGCAGUGUAUGGUCUGGAUGUGACUGACGUGUCACAGUGGGAGGAGACCGUCCUAAGCCCAGCCCUUCUGAUAUUGGAUCGUCUCACUAAGGGGGAGCGACCUACCGUUGAGCCAAUGAGAGUGGAGGGGGCGGGGAAGAGGAACAAGCGAAGCCGUCACACCUGUGAGCUGUGUGACAAGGUGAUCAUCGGAGACCUGGAGUGGACAGCCCAUCUCAAGUCUAAGAAACACCACUAUCAUGUGAGGAAGAGGAGGAAGUCCGAGCCAGAACCUGAACCAGCCAGCGACCAGCCCCAGGGGACUACUCCACCUCCCACCCCUACUACAGAUGGCCCUACCCUGGCUAACUCCACUACUCUAGCCCCUGGCUCAGCUGAGGCCUGUGGAGAACCAGAGUCCCCAGGUACCAGUUCUACUGAGAAAGAAGCCCCAGUUCUAUAGGAGAACUAUAAGGCCCUAUGAUCAGUAUUGCGGGUGGGACCGAAGGCUUUUUGGCCUCAUCUUGUGGCCUGCUUGUCGGAUUGACUCCUAUUCAAUCAGAAAGAUAAAAAGGAACAAUCAAGGAAACUUAAUCCAUUAAAAUGUUUAUUUUUUUUAUCUGAGGACAACACUGAGACCAGGGAUAAGUCGGUCUCUUGACGACAUCACCACUAUGACAUCAUCGCUCACGUCUAUGACUUCAUCAUUGUUUGACUCUUGGAGAGUUCAUGGAUUGGUCGGUUUGGUUCCUUGGAUUCUGAAGUGAAGUUGAAUUGUGACAGAACUCUCAAAUGGAAAUCUCAGUUGAUGUUUUACAGCAGGGUUCAAUAAGACCAAACCUUCUCUGUCCUCUUGUCAGGUGACCGUCUUGUAACACACUGUAUGGCACGGCUGUGUUUGCAACGAGAUGUACGUGUGUCUCCAUUGUAAUUAAAGAUACUUUUUUUUAA